GUCUUUAUUCAACUUUACAACCUGAGCAGAGCUAACUUGCUCCAGAAGCACUGCAAUCCUCCUCUUCCUCCAAGUGAUUCAAACAAAGGACGCCAUGGUGUCUCUGGGACGACAGAUGCUGGGCUUUGCCCUGGCCAUCAUCGGCUUCUUGGGGACCAUCAUCGUUUGUGCUCUGCCCAUGUGGAAGGUCACAGCCUUCAUUGGAGCCAACAUUGUGACGGCGCAGGUCAUCUGGGAAGGUUUAUGGAUGAACUGUGUCACGCAGAGCACAGGCCAGAUGCAGUGCAAGAUCUAUGAUUCUAUGCUGGCUCUACCUCAGGACCUCCAGGCUGCCAGGGCUCUCGUGGUCGUCGCCAUCAUUAUUGCAGCCCUUGGGGUCCUCAUGGGCAUCGUCGGGGGCAAGUGCACCAACUUUGUGGAGGACCAAAAUGCCAAGGCCAAGGUGGCCAUCGCCGCAGGAAUCAUCUUCAUUUGUGCCGGCGUUCUCAUCCUCAUCCCAGUCUGCUGGUCUGCCAACACCAUCAUCAGGGAUUUCUACAACCCCAUAAUGACCAACGCUCAGAGGAGAGAGCUGGGAGCGGCCCUCUACAUCGGCUGGGGCACAGCAGCACUUCUCAUCCUGGGUGGUGCCCUCCUCUGCAGCUCCUGCCCUCAAAAAGAUAGCCCAGAGUAUCCAGUCAAGUACUCCGGUGCCAGGUCAACAGCCACCAGCCGAGCGUACGUCUGAGAGCUCCAUUCCUUCCGACAAAGACUGCAAAUGAUUAGACUUUUUUUUGAGCCUCUGAGUUACUGAAAGCGCCACAGGUAAUGUCUCACUGUGAGAACAGAUUUUCUGGGAAAUCCAGAAAUCUUUGGUGGAGGCAAAAAGAGGGUGUUUCUUAAAGAAUGAGAAACACAUUGCAAAGAUGUGGCGCGAAACCCCAGUACUGGCAAGAAAAUCUUCCAACAGCAUGACGACUGGACUUAAUGGAAGCUAUUCUAUAUGUAGCUUGUAUCAAAUCUAAUUUUCCUCUGAAUGUUUGGCAAAUCUAGGCUGUGCUAGUCUAGAAGAUGGUUUACGAUGGUCAGAAAGAGCUACUAUGAAAGUGAAUGUGUACUGUACCAGUAAUAUAUAUUUGGAUUUAUUGUAUAAAUGUUUUACAAAAGUCUUUCUUUCAUGACAUUACCUAAAGACUGCUUUUGCUGAAUUGAAAACACUGAUUUUUAAAUAAAUGUUUACAUAACUAAUUAAAAAUUGUCUUUUUGGUUCAUCCAAAGUUGAAUAAUAAGGUUCUAUUUUGUCACUGACAUUCAUGUUUAUAGUAUUAAGUUAAAAAUCAGAGCACCGUAAAAUGAAUGCAACAGUACAAUAAAGCAAAUGCUGACGUAACCACAA